AUGAGCAUCCUCCCCUCUCCUGUACACAUGAUGGGUCGCCUUUUCGACGGGAUGGAAACUUACCGCAAGAGCCGUUCAGGCGCACCUCCAAGCAGCACCCAGGUGUUCACCGGUCGCCUCUUCGACGUCGACCCCGAGAUGGGGUUCUUCCCGUCGCAACCGUAUCGGAGGUUGCCUGGGGAGUUUGAACUUUGGGAACACGAACUGGAGAACGCGCGGUCCGUGCUGAAACUGGGAGAAGACCGGGGGUCGGAUGCGUUUUCCAAAUGCGCCAAGGGCGAGGAAUGGCGCCAACGUCUGCGGUCGUGGCCCCUACUGGACGUGCGCAACUUGGGAAACGGCAUCCGCGUCCUCCGACGCGCCCACUACGUCCUCACCUGCCUCCUGCACUUCUAUGUCCACUCGCUGCCUCCAUACCAGGCCAAAGACCGGGUGGUCAUCCCCAAGCCCCUCUCCAUCCCGCUUGUGCAGGUGUCACAGACGAUCGACCUGCCCCCCGUCCUCACCUUCGCCGACAUCACCGAAGAGAACUUCUACCUUCUUUCGGCGGCCGCGGAGCUCAAGGGAGUCGAGAUGCUUCGCGUCUUCGAGAAGAUCUUGAACAUGCCAUACUGCACGGACCGCGUUGGGAUCGCGACCCUGACCCGCGAGUUCGAGAAGCUUGUCCGAAUCAUCGACGAGCUUGCCGCGAUCCUCAAGAACGCGAGCAAGACCGUCGACCCGAACAUCUUCUACUGGAUGGCACGCCCGUGGUGGAACGGGUCUGACGCUGCGGCGCCGUGGGUCUUCGAAGGAGUGCCGUCGGACACUCCGUUCGACCUGGGCGGCGCGUCGGCGGGGCAGAGCUCGGUGAUGCACGCCUUGGACGCCUUCCUCGACAUCGACCACGCGCUGAACCAGGCACGUCAGCCAGCGCCAUCUGCGGAAAACAGGGAGACGGCGGCGGCGGGGUUCAUGGAGAAGAUGCGUCGGUACAUGCCGGUCGAGCACCGGGCGUACCUCGUCCAGCUCCAGAAACGGAACAUCCGGGAUACGAUGGCGCGCCACUCCGAGCUCAAGGGGCCCUACAACGCAGCGGUAGAGGCCUUGAAGGCGUUCCGGAGCGCGCACAUCCGGACUGGAACGCUCUUCGUGAUCUCCCAGGCGAACUCAUCGCGGCCGGAGUGUAUGGGCACCCCGGACUUCAGCGCGCAGGCGAAGGCGGAUCGUUCGAGGGGGACUGGGGGGAAUCCGGUGGCGACCUUGCUCAAGGGCGGUCGUGACGCUACUGCGCGCGCGAUUCUGAACUGA